AUGCCUGUGGAGUGUGGACUGGAGUCCCUAAAAUCAUUCCGUAAUCAGACAGUUGAUCAUAAUUCAUAAUUAAAAACCUUCUAUUCUUAUUGCUAGUGCACUUGAAGAUCUUUAGCGUGUUUAAAACAGUUUCGAAUCCAACUGAAUACGGUUAGUAUUAAUAAUUUUGAUAGAUCGUUUGCACUCAUAAUUUCCGAAAAAGAUGUCGCUGGAAGAUAAAUUCAAGACGUCCGCGGACACUGUCAAAAACCUGAAGACCUCUCCAUCCGAUCAGGAAUUGCUGGAGCUCUACUCCCUGUACAAGCAGGCGACGGUGGGAGAUGUUAAUACACCUCGUCCCGGAAUGUUGGCACUGAAAGAAAAGGCCAAGUGGGACGCGUGGAAUGGGCGCAAAGGUGUGGGUAGAGAUGACGCCAUGCAGCAGUACGUCGACAAAGCUGAAGGCCUGGUUGGCAAGUACGGCACCAAGUGAAUUUUUCAGGCUUGGGGGGUUUGCUUAAAAAUUAUUAUUUGGUUAAUGUUUAUAAUUGCCUGUCUUGCUGGUUUUAUUAUCUUGGAUUUUCAUGAUUGAGUCAGUAAAGUUGUCGGUGCAUUUCCAAAUCUCGUACGGUGCUCAUCGAAGUUUUCUGUCAUUUUUUAACAUAUGUAUUUGUGUUUUUUAAGCUAUUGGGAAUUUAGUUUAGGGUGCAUUUUGCCGGUCAGCUCGAAUAUCUGUGAAUUAAAAAUUUCAAGCAUUGUUGA